GAAAGACUUUCAACAAUGGGAAUAGCUGUUAACUUGGUGACAUAUUUGGUGGGAACAAUGCAUUUGCCAAGUUCAACCUCAGCCAAUAUUGUAACAGAUUUCAUGGGCACUUCUUUUCUCCUUUGUUUGCUUGGAGGGUUUCUGGCUGAUUCUUUUCUUGGGAGAUACAAGACCAUUGCAAUCUUUGCUGCUAUACAAACACUGGGCACUGGUGCUUUGGCAAUAUCAACAAAACUGCCCCAACUACAGCCACCCGCUUGUGACACAGCCUCAGGCAAAAACUGCAAACCGGCCAAUGGAUUUCAGAUGGGAAUUUUGUACCUGGCUUUGUAUUUGAUUGCACUUGGAACCGGAGGGUUGAAAUCGAGCGUUUCGGGGUUUGGAAGCGAUCAAUUUGAUGAGAAAGAUGAGAAGGAGAAAGCCCAGAUGGCCUACUUCUUCCAGAGAUUCUUCCUCUUCAUCAGCGUUGGAACUUUGAUGGCUGUCACAGUGCUUGUCUACAUACAAGAUGAAGUGGGUCGGAGUUGGGCAUACGGAAUUUGUUCAGUUUCGAUGUUGAUCUCCAUCAUAGUGUUCUUGUGCGGAACUAAAAGAUACAGAUACAAAAAGUGCAUGGGAAGUCCUAUAGUUCAGAUUUUUCAGGUUAUUGCAGCUGCUUUUAAGAAGAGAAAUAUGUCAGGUCCUUUCAAUGUUUCCUUGUUGUAUGAGGACACUCCUGAGGCUUCAAGAAUCGCCCACACCGAACAGUUCCGUUUCUUGGACAAGGCAGCAAUAGUGACAGAAGAUGAUUUUGAGAAAAUUAAUGGUAAAACUUCUGCUCCGAACCCAUGGAAGCUAUGCUCAGCCACAAAGGUGGAGGAAGUUAAGAUGAUGAUAAGAUUACUGCCAGUGUGGGCCACAACCAUAUUGUUUUGGACAACUUAUGCACAGAUGAUCACAUUCUCUGUUGAACAAGCUUCUACCAUGGAAAGAUCAAUUGGAGGUUUCCAAAUCCCAGCUGGUUCUCUCACAGUCUUCUUUGUGGUAGCCAUAAUGAUCACUAUUGUUUUCUAUGACCGUGUUAUUAUGCCCCUUUGGAAGAAAUGGAAAGGCGAACAAGGGUUCACCAACUUGCAAAGAAUGGCAAUAGGCCUCGUCCUCUCAAUCUUCGGGAUGGCAGCCGCGGCGCUUUCCGAGAUGAAACGCCUUUUGGUGGCAAAGUCCGCCGCCCCCACAACGCAAACUCUCCCCAUAAGCGUCUUCCUCCUGAUCCCGCAGUUCUUCCUCGUGGGGUCGGGAGAAGCCUUCAUCUACACAGGCCAACUAGACUUCUUCAUAACACAAUCUCCCAAAGGCAUGAAAACCAUGAGCACAGGCCUCUUCCUGACGACUCUUUCGCUCGGUUUCUUCGUCAGCAGCUUCUUGGUUUCCGUGGUGAAGAAGGUGACCGGAAGUAGGGAUGGUCAGGGGUGGUUGGCUGAUAACAUAAACGAAGGAAGGCUUGAUUGCUUCUACGGGCUUUUGACUGUUUUGGGAGUGAUAAACUUUGCGGCUUAUAUCGUUUGUGCAAAGUGGUACAAACCCAAGAAAGCUAAGCCUGCUGUGCAAAUGAGUGGCAUAAAUGCAAAUGGCAAUAAUGAUAACUAUGAUAGGUGCUAG